ACCGCGUUCUCGCAGCGCACUCCGGAGCUGCCGUGCGAGAGGGGCGAGACCCGAGCCAUCGCCGCCCACCCCAGACGGCGCCCCGCCGCCAGACGCCGCCGCGUGUGGAUCGAUCUCCGGCUCGCAGCCGCAGCGGCGGCGGCCUCACGACAGGAGGGGACCCGCAGCCCGAUCAGCCGCACCAGCCGCCCGCCAUGUUCAAGUCGGACACGGUGGUUGAGGAGGUGAUCCAGGUGAAGCAGGCGCAGAUCCUGGACGCCGAGCCCUGGCAGGGGGACGUGAGUACAAUGAGUGCGCAGAACCGCAUCCUCAUCAAAGGAGGACAGGUGGUGAACGAGGACCAUACCUUCUUCGCCGACGUGUACGUUGAAGAUGGCAUCAUUAAGCAGCUGGGGCAGAACCUCAUCACGCCCGGGGGAGCCCGCGUCAUCGAGGCCAAGGGGAAAUACGUCAUCCCAGGCGGCGUGGACACGCAGACGCACCUGCAGCAGCCGGUGAACGGCACCGUCUCCUCCGAUGACUUCUACACGGGCACGCGCGCGGCGCUGGCCGGCGGCACCACCACCGUGCUGGACGUGGUGAUGCCGCAGCGGGGUGAGCCGCUGCUGGAUGCCUACCACAAGUGGCGCGAAUUCGCCGACAAGAAGGCCUGCUGCGACUACAGCCUGCACGUGGCCGUCACCUGGUGGUCUGAGAAGGUCAAGCUAGAGAUGUCUGAACUUGCUUCUGAACAUGGCAUCAACUCCUUCAAGAUGUUCAUGGCCUUCAAGGACAAGUGGCAGCUGUCUGAUGCUGAGCUCUUGAAGGCGUUCAGCCACUGCAAGCAGAUCGGUGCUCUGGCUCAGGUGCACGCAGAGAACGGUGACGUCAUCAAAGAGAUGACGGAGCGCCUGCUGGCGGCCGGCGUGACCGGGCCGGAGGGGCACGAGCUGUCGCGGCCGGAGGAGGUGGAGGCCGAGGCGACGCUGCGCGCCUGCGUGCUAGCCCACCAGGUGGGCUGCCCUCUGCACGUGGCGCCCGUCAUGUCGCGCUCCGCUGGCGAAGUGCUGGCGGCGCGGCGCCGCCAGGGCCACCUGGUCGGCGGCGAGGCGUGCGCGGCCGCGCUCGCCACCGACGGCACGCACCAGUGGAACCGGUGCUGGCGGCACGCGGCGGCGCACGUCACCAGCCCGCCGCUGCGGCCCGACCCGGCCACGCCCGAGCAUCUGACCGGCCUGCUCGCCAACGACGAUCUGCAGUGCGCGAGCAGCAACCACUGCGCGUUCACGAUCGAGCAGAAGGCGGCUGGCAAGGAUAACUUCACGAAGAUCCCUCAGGGCGUGAACGGCAUCGAGGACCGCAUGUCCAUCGUCUGGGAGAAGGGCGUCGCCUCGGGCAAGAUGGACGUCUGCCAGUUUGUGGCCGUGACCAGCACGAACGCAUCCAAACUGUUCAAUCUCUAUCCGCAGAAGGGCGUGAUCGCGGUCGGCUCGGAUGCCGACAUCGUCAUCUGGGACGGACAGGCCAAGCAGACGCUGUCGGCCAAGACGCACCAGGAGCGCCUGGACUUCAGCGUGUUCGAGGGCCUGCGGUGCCGCGGCGCGCCGGCCUGGGUGCUGGCGCGCGGCCGCCUCUGCCUGGAGGAGGGCCAGCUGCGUGUGGUGCAGGGCGCCGGCCGGCUGCUGGCGCGGCCGCCGUUCGCGCCGCACCUGUACCGGCGCGUGCAGCAGCGCGACACGGCCGGCCUGCCGGCGCCCGUCAACAGGGACGGCGUGCCGGACGAUGCGGACCCGCCGGUGGUGGACGUGUCCAACGGCGUGCGCCGCGUGGCCGAGACCUUCUCCGGGAGGCCGGCGGAGGAUGUGGAGUCGCUGCCGCCGGCCGAGGAUGAGUUUCACAGCCGCCAGGAGCCGGCCGAGGGCGUGCGCAACCAGCAGAACUCUGGCUUCGCCGUGUCGGGUGAGGACCAGCUGCCGCGCGGAGCUCAGAUCGAUGACAAGGCCCCGAAGAGAACCGGGGUGAAGGUGCACGCUCCGCCCGGAGGCAAGUCUGCCGGCAGCUUCUGGUAACCACAGCAGACCUGUCAAGCUCCGGUCGGCUGCGCACCAGCCGGCGACUGCCCUGCAGCAACUGGUGAGCCGCUGGCAAGAGCAUCUUAUCUAGCAACGCCCCAGUCGGUAGCCCUGGAGCACGGGCAACUAUUCCACGCGGUGUCCACGCACGACUCGAGCGACACUGCCGGUUGAAGACGCUGGGAGCGCCACCACUCUGCCCGUUUGCUGGUCCGGCUGUCAACGUCCAGGACGCUCGCAAACGCGAAGAGUGGUGUGGAGUGUUCUAGCGUGCUGGUCUCAGUGCAGUGUACGCCAGAGCGCUCCACCCGGGCGGGUCCGCAGACGUAAGUACACCCCUGUGUGCGUGUGUGCUGCGCCUGCGUGCGCGUGCGUGGUGCGCUCCCAGAUGUGGCGUUUGCACCUCAGGUGGCGCCUGUUCCGCGACCCAGGACCCCGCCAAAGAACUGGCUGCUUUGAUUCCCCCCGCCUUUGCUUCCCAUGCCGGGGUUGUAUGGAGGUUGGUCAUCUGGACUGGUCCGAAUGAUUGGCUGCGGUGUUAGGCUGACGAAGCGGUGCAGAGGUGUUCGCACGCAGCUAGGUUUAAAUUACCGGUUUGAAAAGUAGCUACGUGUUUUGGUUGAUGGACCGAGAUGAACAGUGUCUUGCUGGAUGUUUUCGAGGAGUGUGGUGGAGAGUGAUGAUGCGGUCUGGUGCGGUCAUGCAGGGAGAAGCCAAAAUGGAUGCACGUAAAACAUUUUCCUAGCGUUUGAUACCGCGGUGUUUUCACACGAACUUUGGCAGCUGCACUGUCUGUGGGCAUUUGGUCGAGUUAGACAUGCUGGCACCUUGUACCCUGUUGCAAGAAGUGGCAGCCUGUGUGCACGGUGAUGAUGCGCCGACGUAGAUCUAUGUCCGUCUUCUUUUCAUGCUAGGAUGUUUCCUUUUGCUUGCAUGAUGUUGCGCACGUUCAGGCAGUGUGCCCGCCGAAUCUUAAGCUUUAGUGUGUGGUUGUUGUCGAAAUGCGUCUGUUAAAUAUUUGUUUGCAACUUCUGCUAAAAUAAAAAUCCUAGUCGGAUGAAAUUUUCUGCACGAAA